ACAUAAUUGCUUUCGGAUCCUGUUUAGUUUCCUAAGAUUUCUUGAUCACACAAACAUAAAUCUGGUCCAGGAAGCUGCACUGGCUAGAUGCCUUCAUGAAACACUAACAGGAUUUCAAAAGAAAUUUGUUUCUUCGGAAAGAGAAAGAUGUGUCCAUGAAGCCUUUGUGAGAAGACAAAAAACACUUAAGUGAUUCAAAACUGCUCAUGGUCUGUAGGUAAAAAGGCAUAUGUAUACCAAAUGUUGAAGCCAUCAUACUUCUUCUAUUCACACCCCUAAACCGCGUAGAAGUUCACCAGGAGGUGAGGACGCCAACAGCAGUGGAGAAACAUCUCUCUUUCCUCUCAGCGUGCACACAUCACGGCGGCUGCCGCCCGGCAGCCUCCUCAGCCUGGCGGCGGGAAGCACAGAGGCAAGGCUCAGUAUGUGCUGGCCAAGCGAGCUCGGCGCUGCGAAUCUGGCGGGCCCGGUCAGCCAGAGCCCAGGCUAUGGGGCAUCCUCAUCACCUGCAACAUGAACCAGCGCAAGUGUGUGGAGGAGGCCUACACCCUGCUCAACGAAUAUGGCGACAUGUACGGGCCAGAAAAGUUUACAGACAAGGAUCAGCAGCCCUUUGGAAGUGAGGGAGAUGAUGAUGAUGUGGAGGCUGCCUUGAAGAAAGAAGUUGGUGACAUUAAGGCAUUCACAGAGAUGAGCCUAAGAGGAUUCCAGUCAGUGGAAAGUGGAGCAAAUAACGUCGUCUUCAUCAGGACACUUGGGAUGGAACUUGAGAAACUGGCGCAUCAUAUUCUCCAGGAUGUGUACAAAACCAAGAAGACUCGAGUUAUUCUAUGAAUGUUAUGCAUCUCAGGCACAUGCAAGGCUUUUUUAGAAGAUAUGAAAAAAUAUACAGAAACAUUUUUGGAACCCUGGUUUAAAGCUCCAAACAAAGGCACAUUUCAGAUUGUGUAUAAAUCUUGAAAUAGCAGUCAUGAGAGGUGAAGCCAGCUGGACUUCCUGGUGGAGUGGGGACUUGGAGAACUGUUCUGUCUUACAAGGGGAUUGUAAAAUGCACCAAUCAGCACUCUGUAAAAAUGCACCAAUCAGUGCUCUGUAGCUAGCAAGAGGUUUGUAAAAUGGACCCAUCAGAGCUCUGUAAAAUGGGCCAAUCAGCGCUCUGUAAAAUGGACCAAUCAACAGGAUUCUAAAAGUAACCAAUCGCGGGGAGGAUUGAGAAAAGGGCAUUCUGAUAGGACAGAAAUAGGACAUGGGAAGGGACAAAUAAGAGAAUAAAAGCUGGCCACCCCAGCCAGCAGCUGCAACCCGCUCAGUCCCCUUACAUGGCUGUGGAAGCUUUGUUCUUUCGCUCUUCACAAUAAAUCUUGCCGCUGCUCACUCUUUGGGUCUGUGCCACC